CACUCUAUCAUGUGAUCAGCUGUGUCAGCUGAUCGCCUGCUAACAGUAUCCUGAUGAUCAGUGUUGCCCCAUUAGUGCCACCUGUCAGUGCCCACAACUGCCAUCUGUCAGUGCCCAUCAGUGUACAUCAAUGCCACAUAUCAGUGCACAUCAAUGCCACAUUUCAGUGCCCAUUAUAGCUGCCUUAGAGUGCCAACUAUCAGUGCCAGUCAGUGCUGCCUAUCAGUGACCAUCAGUGCUGCCAAUCAGUGCCACCUAUCAGCGCCAGUCAGUGCUGCCUAUCAGUGCCAGUCAGUGCCGCCUAUCAGUGUUCCUCAGUGCCACCCAUUA